AUGGAAUUCACCAAGCUCGUCCUUCUAGCCAUCUUCUCCUUCGCCUUAUUCUCAAUACACACUUCUCCGGCCAAAGCACAAGAUCCACUGGCUGAUGGCUUCGUCCAAGAACACAACAAGUUCCGUGCAAUGGACGGCGUUCCUCCGGUGACAUGGAACGAAACCGUCGCAGAUUAUGCAAGAAACUAUGCCAGCUCAAAAAGUGAUACUUGUGAAAUGGUGCAUUCCCAAAACCCACCUUAUGGUGAAUGCAUAGCAUGGGGAAGCUUCGACAUGAUGCCUGAACAGGCGGUGCAGUUGUGGGCGGACGAGAAGAAGGACUACAACUACGACACCAAUACAUGUGCUCCCGGCAAGGUUUGCGGCCAUUAUACUCAGGUGGUUUGGGCAACAUCCACCCAAAUCGGUUGCGCCAAGGUUCGUUGCGGUAAUAGUGAUGGCACUUUUAUCAACUGCAACUAUUAUCCUCCUGGUAACUAUGUGGGCGAUAAACCUUACUAG